GUUCCCUAUAUCUGUAUGGAAGCUGUUCACAACCUGUUCCCCAAUAUCUAUUUGGAAACAGCUCUACCUGUUCCUCAUCACACAUGUGUGGGAACUGUCCACAACCUGUUCCCCAUAUCUGUGGGAACUGUUCACAAUCUGUUCCCCAUAUCUGUGGGAACUGUCCACAACCUGUUCCUCACAUCUGUGUGGGAACUGUCCACAAUAUGUUCCCCAUAUCUGUGUGGGACAUGUGCUCUACCUGUUCCCCAUAUCUGUGUGGGAACUGCCCACAACCUGUUCCCUAUAUCUGUAUGGAAGCUGUUCACAACCUGUUCCCCAAUAUCUAUUUGGAAACAGCUCUACCUGUUCCUCAUCACACAUGUGUGGGAACUGUCCACAACCUGUUCCCAAUCAUAUCUGUGUGGGAAGUGCUUACAACCUGUUCCCCAUAUCUGUGUGGGAACUGCCCACAACCUGUUCCCAAUCACAUCUGUAUGGGAGCUGUUCACAACCUGUUCCUCAUAUCUGUGUGGGAACUGUCCACAACCUGUUGCCCAUAACUGUAUGGGAGCUGUUCACAACCUGUUCCCCAUAUCUGUGUGGGAACUGUGCUCUACCUGUUCCCAAUAUCUGUGUGGGAACUGUUCACAAUCUGUUCCCCAUAUCUGUGUGGGAACUGUCCACAACCUGUUCCCCAUAUCUGUGGGAACUGCCCACAACCUGUUCCCAAUCACACCUGUAUGGGAGCUGUUUACAACCUGUUCCCCAUAUCUGUAUGGGAACUGUCCACAAUCUGUUCCCCAUAUCUGUGUGGGAACUGUCCACAAUCUGUUCCCCAUAUCUGUGUGGGAACUGUCCACAACCCGUUCCCUAUAUCUGUGUAGGAACUGUCCACAACCUGUUCCCCAUAUCGCGGAACUGUGCUCAACCUGUUCCCAAUGUCUGUGUGGGAACUGUUCACAAUCUGUUCCCCAUAUCUGUGUAGGAACUGCCCACAACCUGUUCCCCAUCACAUCUGUGUGGGAACUGUCCACAACCUGUUCCCCAUAUCUGUGUGGGAACUGUCCACAAUCUGUUCGCCAUAUCUGUGGGAACUGUCCACAAUCUGUUCCCCAUAUCUGUGUGGGAACUGUUCACAAUCUGUUCCCCAUAUCUGUGUGGGAACUGUCCACAACCUGUUCCCCAUAUCUGUGUGGGAACUGCCCACAACCUGUUCCCCAUCACAUCUGUGUAGGAACUGUUCACAACGUAGAACUGUGCUCACCGAUACUCUGUAUAACAAAGACGAAAUAGAACCAAAUGUUUCCAAAACAUAUUCUUUAUGCUGCCGUCACCAUUACCAUUCAAGUCCCAAAAGCAGUAUUUGUGUACAUUCAUAUGAUGUAGUCAUUUAAUUGUAAAGUAAUCAUGUCAUUGAUUCAUCUGUGGUCAUGAACUGUUGAAAGUUUAGAAUCUAAACACAAACCAUGAAGGUGUAUCAACCAGGAACUAGUGUUGGGAAUUGCUUCAUCAUUCAUGAUCCGUUAUCACCAUUUCUCAAACAAUUUACGAUCGAUUCGUGUUCGAUUAUAAAAUGAAAGGGAAAUAAAUGCAGAAAUGUUUUUAAUACCUACACAUGUAGCUUCAGUGUAUAUGUAGUAAUGUUUAAUGCAAUUAACUGCAAAAUUGUUUUAUCAUUUUAUCGAGUCUCAAAAUCUAUAUUAAACUCUGGCCCCACCUCUCAGCCCAUUGGGGGUCAUCCCACUCUUGGGUAUAGAUUCUGAUCUGCACCUCGGUUGAAAGCAUUUGCCAUAUUAAAUUAAAGCCAUGAUUGAUUAUAGAAAAUCAUUCUUGGUUAGUAAUUCAAUUUCAAGUCGGGUUUAAAAAAAAAAAAUGGUGCGCAAAAUAUUUGUUUUUUGGGGAUUUUCAGCCUCAAAAAGUACCUGCGUAAAUUACAUAUGUGUGCAAAUUACCGGUAUACAUUAAGUAUAAAUGGUGGUAAUUAUUAUCUUUGUAAAAAAAAUGGAACAACACUACCAGUUAUUUGAAAAAAUAUGUCAUUUUAAAAUUGUGUUUUGAAAAAAUACUGUGUAAGUAAUUACAAAUGCCAAUGUUGAUGAAAUAGUUACUCAGGUACAAACAUGCAGUAUGUGUUUUAAUAUCCAGAUGUCAUCAUGAUGUCUGUCAUUUCUUAUUUUGUAGUGUCUAUUUAAAUCAUUUGUAUUGCUGUAAUCGGAUACACAUUUUAAUUGUAUUGAAAUAAAACUGAGUACAACUGCACUGCAUUGAUUUGUGUGAACGUACUGUAUUGACAAGAACUAUUUUUCGAAACUUCUGCUAGUUAAACCAUAUGAUUUAAGGUUUCUGACAUAGUCAUUUUGUAAACAGAGAUAUGUUGAUAAAUGAUACAUGUAUAAGAGAGAAAAAAUGUCUGGUGUUUAGUGUUCGAUACAUUUUCACUUGGUAUAAAGCCUGUAAAUAUGUUGCCGCUAUUUAAAAUGCUGCUAGUCAUUCAAUAAUUUUGUUUUUACAAUAACACUGUAUUUGGUGACACCAUCAUUAUACAGGUGUGAUCAUUGUUACCUGUUCUCUGGUGUGUGGGUGUACAGGUGUGAUCAUUGUUACCUGUUCUCUGGUGUGUGGGUGUACAGGUGUUUAUUUGUGUGCAAUAGAUGUAGUCGACAACUGAAAUGAUGACAUUUUUCAGAAAACUAAAAGAAAUGAAAAUAAGGCGACAAAAUUUGUGAUAAAUUGCUCCCAACAACAAAGGAGUAUGAAAAAACUCACCAUUGUCGAUGUCAUACCAUUAGUCUUUGACUACUACUGACACAUCUACUAAUUCUACUGGUACGUAUGAAGACGAGUGUUUGCUAGUCGCUGGCAUUUCUAUUUGUAUUUCAUCUGGCUAGACGCCAUGAUGGUGCAAGGGGUUUGUAUUCUAUAACAGCUGUACAUUAAAAGUCUCAAAAUUGUUUCAACUGAUCUUGUAACAUUCUUAUGGUGAAUUAAUAAUGAGGCUAUUGUACUCAGAUUGAAUAAUAGAAUCCAGUUCAUAUUGACCAAAUAUGAGAACAUCAACUUUUAAUAUUCUUGAAGGCCAUUUUGUACAUAAUUUUUCUUUCUUUAGGGGUGGUUGGGGUAUUACAACUUUUGGUAAAUUACAGUUGAAGUAGUGCAUUAAAGUGACAUAUCACAACGUGUUCAGCAGAAUUUAUUUUAUGUUUGCAUAGUUUUUUUGGGAAUUGUGUGUAAUGUUUGAUGCCAUCAUUAUAAAUGAUGCCUAGUCACUCAAGAUUUUAUAAUAGGGGCUGUGGUUUGUAAAGGAUCCCUUUGAGUUUCCUACGGUUCAUACUUAUCUAGUUGUAAAUAUUGCCGGAUUUUUUUUCUGAAAAAAUCUCGCUUAAAGGUCCAUUUCCAUUUUAAAGUCUCAAGUAAUGACUCAUUGCAAUACUUUUAGAAGUCAGUCCAGACUCAAGGGAUGUGAAAUGAUUUUUUUUUUUUUUGUUAAUUGUAUUUUUUCUCUUUCACUUUGAGGUCCUCUUAUAUCUGCAAUCACUAGCUUCCCUGUCUUGAGAAUUUACUUUCUUUAAGAUAUGGUUGCCCUGAUGUUAUUUUUAGUCAUAUAUCAUUUUUGGAUGACGUUUGCAAUAUCCAUAAAUAUUCAUAUGCAUUAUGUGGGACAGAUGAAUGUUGAUACUUCCGAUAAAGGCCAAAGUUAAAAUACUCCUAGCCAUAACAGAACAUGCUCUCCCCUCAUUCACCUCCAGGAAACUAAUUAAUAUAAAUAUAGUAUCCAGGAUACAGAUUUGACUUCACAAAGUGAUACUCCGACCCAGUGUUUAUUGCGGGACUUUUGGUACAGUACACACUCCUGUAUAAUGAUUGAGAUUGAAAGCUGUGGGGUAACCUAAUAAUAAAUGGAACAAUGAAAUUAAUUUUAACAUGUUUUGUUAAAAGAAAAAUAUAAUGUCUUGCAAUGCACAAUAUAAUAUAAUAUAGCUGUAAAAUUAAUGUUAUUUAUUGUAACUUUGUACAGAAAUCGUUCAUGUACAAUUGUGUACUUCUAUGCAAAUAUACACUGCUCAAUUGCAGAAUAGCCUGAUUAAUUAGAAUUUUGUAACACUGAAAAUUAUAUGUAAAUAUGUGCCAUAUGGCAAAGGGAUUAAAAUUAUUGUUGACAUCAGUAUUUAAAUGUCUUAAAAUAAACAAUUUGGAAUGUGAUCAAUUAGAAUUUUUUCAGUUACCUAUAUUUGAUACCAUGGUGAAAACUUAAGUCUACACUUUGUAUAUGUCUAAGUAUUAUUUCAUUAAUUUCAUUAUCAAUGACAGCAGUAUGAAAAAAAUAUUCAAAUACUGCCAUUUUUUCAAAGUCAUUUUGCAUUUCUGUUUGUCCUUUACUUGUAUGGUGUGCAACACACGUUGAUAUAUAUUGUACACAAAAACCGUUACAAAAUCAUAUUGAUGUGAACAAAAUAAAAAUAAUCUUGCAGAGUAUGUAAAGGUUUGAAUAAGAGUAUGGAUACGCGUGGCUAUUAAAGUCGUCUGCACAUAUUUACCAGAACCUGAAGUCAGUUAAAUUAAACCCCUCUUUAUAAACAAGCGGGGCAAGUCUUUAGAACAAUUGUGACAAUCUUUCAUUUUCUUUUUCAGAAACCAUUAUUAUGUUUACAUUAUAUGUUUAGACAUCAUCUAAAUGAAAUCCAAUACACAUUCCAGAUUUUACAAGCAUAAAAAUAAUUCUGUCUUCACUUCAAACGUUUUGUGGGACACUCCAAGACCUGUAGCUUUUUUGUGAGAACUAACAUAUGAGAACAUUGAUAAUAUCUUGCUGUAUCAAUGGUAACUGUAAAUGCGGUAGCAUAUUGGUAUAUGUGUAUAAUACAAUUAGGUUUUAUGUCAUAAUGUUGAGCAAAAUAUACACAGGUCAAUGAGUUAUGGUAUUUACAGAUAUAUUGAUGUCUUUCAAGGAAAUCCUAUGUCAAUGCAGUAUUUUCAGUGAGAGAGUACAAUGUUUAGAUGUAGCUAACAUAGUAAAACAAAUUUUCAGUGUUAUAUUGUGAUGUUUGUUUUGUAAUCCUGUUUUUUAUUUCGGUAAUAAAAAUGUUGAAUGGUAAA